AUGCAUUUGGGAGCAAGUGCAGAGUGCUGUGGCAUCAGCCUGCGGAGGACAGCCACCCCCACCCAGGGACCAGUACAGCUGAGCCUUCAGAGGGAGAGUGGGAGGCUGCGGACUGUGGAAGUGGUCAAACUUGAUGUGGUGGCGUUCUAUUGGCAGGUCAUUAAUGGGCUGAAACAAAGGAUUCUCAAGCUGGAACAGCAGUGCAAGGAGAAGGACAAUACUAUCAACAAACUCCAGACUGAUAUAAAGACCACCAACUUGGAAGAGAUGAGGAUUGCCAUGGAGAUGUACUACGAGGAGAUUCAUCGUCUCCAGUCUCUCUUGCCAAGUUCUGAAGCUACAGGAAAGAG